GCACCCUGUCUAUAGGGCCGGGACCUUACCGAAUGUGAUGUCAAAAAACAAGUUAUUCUCUCCCCUCAAUCCAGUAACCUAGUACGUCUUAAUAAAAGCGAUUAAUGAUUAACGCCCUGAUUUCUGUAAGCCACCGGUGAUGUGCUAUAUCAACGAUCUAACCGCAAAUAUCCACAGGGAGUGCAGUCCAGAGGGACGUUUAUCUCGCGGACAAUGACAAUGAGUGGGUGAACUCUAGUGAUUUAUUACGCUUAUCAUUUCUAUUGACGUUACCAGGAAUCGUUAUAUCACUUUUACUUUAACUGAUGUGUUGACUCAAAGUUAUAACUUUGUGUUAAUGUAAGUGCAGUUUGUGUUAAGCGGUUUGCGUCGAGUGCAAUAGGCGGUGAACAAAAUAUAAUGGGAUGACAGGAAAUACGGAUUCAUGGAAAAGGUUUGGCGUCGAGUCGGGCUCCAUUCCUCCCGAAAGAAACGGGAUGGAAGUGGGACUAGUCGAGAAGUGACCACUUCGGCCCCGCCUGAGGCAGAGUAUCAAAAUAUCCAUACGUUGCGAACAGCUGAUUUGAUACGACAGAGACAAGGCGAGGAGAACUCGACUCUACGUUCGUCUUAUAUUAUACGCAACGGGGAUAACUUUAUAUUGGUUGAGAGGAGACGCCGCCGUCGACGUAGGAGUGGCACCAGGGCAUCAUCAGGCGGAAGACAUCACACCCCACCUGUGGAAGACAACGCUCGUACGGAGCAAAAGCGUCGACCUCCGGCCAAGUUAAAGAUAUUUGGGAUUCAAUGGCCUUUACAUUCUAGUGAUUCGAGACACACCUCAAUCACCCGUCGCUUCUGCCGCGGCCGCCGUUCCCGGGAGGACAACGAGUUGUAUCGCUCCAACAGCUUCAAGUUCGAGAGGUUUGCCCGGGAACCACCUACUGACGAGUUCAGCACCGGAUCACAGGCUGCCCUCUGUGCGGACUACAGCGUGCCUGUCGACUGCGUGGCAGCCGGUCCGGCGCCGAGGCCUAGCUCCUUUCACGAGAUAUCUGCACCUAAAGUUGAGUUCAUAGAGGCAUACUGUACGCCUCGCGACACAGCUCGCCGAUCUCCACAGCGCAAUCGCCGCUCGCGGGAGCCCAGACGUUCACCCGAGUCAUCCAGAUGGCGAUACGAGUCACGGCGACAGAACUACGACUUUGAGUCGAGACGUCCGUACGAAUACGAGUCGAGGAGGUACUUUGGAAGAGAGUACGACGCUGACUCGGGGAGGAAACCAGCGUUUGACGCGGAGUCAGCCCGACGACGUGCGGACUACGAAUCGGCCAGGCGGACUGACUUUGAUUUAUCCGUCCCCGAAGUAUCGAGACGUAGUCCGGAAAGCGCACCUGAAGGCUCUGCGGAAUCACCGCCAGAACCAGCUCCUUCUGCGCCUCUUCGGCAAGAGAGACAGCCCAGACACAGAUCGCAACCAUAUUACGAGUCUGAAUCAUCUUCAGAGGACAGAUCGUCAUCGACAGAGGGUGAAGAAGACGAGUUUGGUGAAUUCGAUCCCUUUGCGACGGCGCCGUCCUUACACUCGCCAGAUAGCGGUCGUUCUGAUCCACGAUACGCAAACGCUCCUCGAAGAAAUCCCAGUCCAUACUAUUACGGCGACCUGUUUAAAACCGCUCCGCCCCCGCCAGCUCCAUCGGCCCCAACAGUUUCUUCGACUUCUUCCUCACGUGGACCUCGAUACAGAAAAUCGGCAAGCCUUGACGCCCCUCACGUGGCACCUAGACCGAAUCUGCCUAAAAGAUUUUCAGUGGCGGAAGAUGGCUUUCGUGAAUUAGAACGAUCAUCAUCAUCGUCUGGCGAGAGCGCGUGGAUGCCGCCAAGGCGCCGAGGGCGCGACGCGGCCGGCUGCGCGUGCGCCGCGCCCGAAGAUGUAGAGGAGCAUAGAGCCUCUCGUAGCGUCUUUUACGUGCCGGCGCCGCUGCCACGCUGGCCACAAGAAAUGACCACACGACAGAUAUAUGAAACGGCCUUUGACUGUAAAAUAGCCCGAUCUGACGAUGACUUAGAUGACUUCGACCGAGUCAGUAAUCAUCCGGCUCUUUUACAAGCUGAAGAACGCAAGACUUUUUCUUCUGCAUCAUCUGCAUUUGAGGCUGUCGAACGGAGUGAACCAGAUUAUAAAGGUCGCCGUAAGGUGACAAUGAAAACUGAUAGCGUACGACGCUCUAAGAUUCCUACAAUUCGUCAAAAGAAAGAAAAUGAAACGAAUACAGCGGCCUUAUCUGAAGAAUUAGAGAAAGUACAUAUUGAAGAGGAAGAUAGAACGUCAACGUCGCAGCUGCCACUCCGUGGUUACACGCCAUCUCCACCGUCAACAGCGCCUUUGCCAACGAAAUUUCAACAGAAAGAUGGAUCUGCCAUGAACAGCAUUAAAAGUGCUCCAAAUUUACCCCAGACACAGCCGGCACACCCUCGGCUGAAAGACUUGCGACUUCCAGUAAAAUCACUUCGGGCCCGGGACACACCGACUAGCAGCGACGCUAGUAUGACGGACGUCAAAGCUUCUGUUUCAACCGAACUUGACGUUGGACCUCGUUUGAGAGAUUCCAGCCGCGAAUCUCGUGAUGGCGACGAUGAAAGAGCCCAAUCUAAAGACGGUAUUUUUUUAGAGAUUAAGGGUCGACCCACUUCCGAUUCUGAUACACCAGAAAUGAAUCGGUACAAGGGGCCCAAGGGGGUCGGCCCUAUAAUGGAAUUUAAAGGCAGGCCCGGUGUCGCUCGUCCGCGACGAAAAUAUUCGAGCACUGAAAGUAUGGCGACCAGUAGUAGCGGUGGUAGCAUGGAGUCACUACGAAGCAGCAAUAGUGAAGGAGACAGAAGUAGCAGUAGUUCAGAAAGUCGACAUUCGUCAUCGUUAAGUUCUCAUAGCUCGGAUUCCGGAAACGUGCCAUUUAUCAAAUCACAUCAUAUGCAGUUGUCGGGGUUUGGCCAUCAUCCGACUAAACUUCAUAUAUUAAGCCCUAUAUCUGACAAAUCUUCCCAAGAGCCAGCGUCGGAGACAUCCGAUAACAAUAAAAAUAAUAAUUCUCAAAAGGUAUCCCCAGAAGAUGUUGAAACUGGAAAUACAACGAUACAAACUACUGUUGAAAUUUUGCCUAAACCUAAACGACGAGCCUUACAAAACAGAAAUUUAUUAAAUCUAACAUUUAGACACUCAACACCCGGUGACACUGAAAUUCAAGGAUCUGAUAGUGGCAUAUCAAUUCAUUCUAGAGAGGGAGUUGAUUCGCGAAACGCGUUUAUUAAUUUUAAGAACAGCAAUACAGAAGAAGAACGCAAAGACGACAACGUUGAUUUAUCUGAUCUACCAUUUGACAUGCCAAAGUUGCGUCGGAGACGUGCGGAGGCAGAGGUUGAUCUGAGAACUUUGCCUUUUGAUAUGCCUAAAUUACGACGCAAAUUACGUGGACAAUCCUUGCAACUGAAUAAUGAUUUUGGGGAGGCUAUUUCUAACGCUUCCUCAAGCCAAAGCGUCCAAGAUUUAAAUCAAGGUAAAAAACAUCGCGAAAAAUUGACUUUGAAUUUUGAUGGUGGCAACACUGGCUCCAGUACUGCCAAAGGACUACAUUUGAACCUAGGACCUAUAGCGCCUCCACGGGACUUGGUUGAUGCUUCCCUUCCACUUGACCGACAAGGGUGGUAUCAUGGAACGUUAACGCGCUUGGAAGCUGAGGAUUUACUUAGAGACGCGGAAGAGGGUGCAUUUUUAGUCAGAAACAGUGAAUCCGCAAAGCAUGACUACUCGCUUAGUUUGAAAUCUACCCGUGGCUUUAUGCACAUGCGUAUAUGCCGUGGAGUGGACGGCUAUACGCUGGGAGGAGCAGCGACCGCUUUCCCCACAGUGCCUGCUCUCAUGAGACACUACGUCACAGCACAAAGGCUCCCAGUACGCGGCGCGGAACACAUGGCUCUCUCAACACCACUGCCAGCUGUAAUGCUUUGAAAACUUCAGGAGUCCUUGUUUGGAACCAAUCUAAGAACCGAUAGCGUUCUUUCUGCUUUGAAGCUUCGUUCCCUUCGUAGCGUCCGAGCCAGUGUAUCGAGUUAUACAAUCGUAGCAGCACUAUAGUUUUUAGGACAGUGCAGGAAGACCCAAUUUUGUAUAUCAAGAAAUGUACAUAAAUAAAAGACGCAAUCAACUAUGAGUUUUGUGUCAAGUAAUUUCUUUGAUACAUGCGUAAAUAUAGCAGCAGUUAUUUAUUGUAUGUGUAUAGUUUAGUAACCAGUGAAUAAUACCAAAGAGUUAUAACGUAUACCGAUAGCAAUGAUUUGCUACGGGGCUUGCAAGAAAUUGUUCGCUCAGAAUGUUGCGUCAUGCAACGCGAAGGGCGGGCGCCUUUAUUUAUUAGGAUAGUCUCGAAAAUACCUUAGAACGAUGUUAAGCAUAUUGAGGUAUAUACGCUCCACCAAGAUGCCGGAUAUUUUAAAGGGAAAAUCAACCGUCUUGCCUAGAAACUAAGAUAUAAUUUUGUUUAAAACAAAUUUAAAAAAUAAAAAAUCUUUCCGAGACUUUCUUUAAUAAUGUCGGUGCCUGUUCUGUUACUUAUGCUAGUCCCAAACCGCAGCCACUUGUGUUGAUGUAUAGUAAAUAAUAAUAUUAUAUGAUUAUUCAAAUAAGCUUCAUAAUAUCAUUAAAAGUAAUCAUUAUUUCUCUAUCACAGUAGUUUUGUUUACUCAUUCAUUUAAUCGUGGACUAAUUACUUCAUCUAAAUAAUAAUGAUAUUAUUUUACAUAAAUAUAGUGACGCAAAUGACGAUAUGAUACAAGCAUGAUAAAUGUGGAAGGUCAAAGGGCCAAUUAGAUAAAGUAAGGACAGUAUAAAACUCUAUUAGAGAAAUGGGCUUACCCGUAAGUUAGUUUUAUUUUAGCAGCUGUAUUUUAAAAGGCCUAAAAACAACGCUUAAUUUUAUUGACAGUUUUUAUUUAUAACGUUUUAUUGAUAUUUAUGAUAUCAGUUAUAUGCUGAAAAAUAUGUAAAUUAUAAGGAAUGCCUCCAACAGUUUCUAUAAAAAAGGUAAUAUUGAAGGUGGGAAGGACAACUCAUUUUUUUGAAACCUUAAAAUAACUUCUCAAGGACGGUUUUCAGUUGACUCCGAUAUAUUUAAUGUAGUUUACAAACGAGGUCAAAUGUACCAAAAUUGUUCGUUACGUUAUAUAAAACAAUUUUGUGAGUGAACACUGUUAUCGCAUUAAUCGAUGAUUAUACAUAGACCUUAUUUGUAUGCGCAGAGAGUUUAGAUUCCUUUGAACCACCUUCAUGACUCAUCGACUAUUCAGUCACGAAAAUCGUAUCGAUUUAAAAUAGGUACCAAACUGGUGACAUGAAUUCUGGCACUCCUAUAUAUGUAUACUUAAAUGGUCUCUCUAUUCCGGAAUUUUCUACAUAUUAUUACAAUAGAUCUAAGAAUACCUAUUAUUCAUUUUGCACCGUAGAUGAACAAUUAGAUUUUGAAUUUUGAGCUUAGAGUAAGUACAGAGUACAAUCACAUUGUCUAUGAAAUACAUCAAACUAACAAAGUAAUAUACCUAACACGUUUUUGUCGCUUUUGGUGAAAAAUGCAUCUGAGAGCAAUCUUAAUAAUAAAUCAAGAGUUAAGUAAGCAUUUAUUGUUUUUUUUUCUUUCAUGAAAUUAAUCGAGAACCAAUGUGAGUGGGUGAAACUUUUUUAAUAAGGAAUUUUCUUUGUUCUUUUCAAUGCUCUUUAGUGCAUAGCUACAUUAUUUUAUUUUAAUUCGGGCAUUUUCCACCCAAAGCGACUGUGACAAAAGGGGCUUAGAAGUUAUUUAUUAGUGACUUAGGAAAACCAUGUUUUGAUACGGCUUUCAUACUGUAUUUAUAUUACGUAAAAGCGUAGGAACACAUCAACUUUAUUGUAGGUAACGGUGUUAUAUAUCACGGCAUAUAAAUUAAGAUCAUAGUAAAAGAAUGCACAUGUUAUGUAACAUUCACAUUGACUUAUUUAUAUUUUUUGUUAUAUUAGAUUUAAGUAGGUUUACAAAAUGUUUAUGGACCCCUGGUAUUUAUAAUGAUUAAUCCAUAGAUAAGUUUCAUUCAAGACUGUCACUUCAUUUUUAUGAACCAAUUUUUUCGGACGACUAUACCUUUUGCCACACAGAUCAGAAAAAAAAACUAGUUUUUCUGUUUUUUUUUUUUUUUGCCCCAUGUGAAGUCUCGUUAAAGGACGCACAACCAAAAUCUAUUAUACUAAUGCAAAUAUUUUGAAUUGCAUUUAUUUGCGUUUAUUUGUGAUAGAAAAAUCCGCAAUUAUGCCUAACUAAUCGUUUUAGAUGUGGCCUGCGUGAAUGCAUAGUUGUUUUGCGUCUAAUCGCGCGACGUUCUUGCAACUUUACAGCGAUAAAAAUUGCAUUUAAAUUCUAAAUUAAAGUGGCAGGUGGAUGGUUGUCAGCUAUUUAUUUUUAUAGUUCUUUCUGUGAUUUAGUUGGAUAUAAAAUAAAAACGCCAAAAAAUUUAGCAUGUAAUGAUUGUAAAAUGUUAUGUGGGAUAACGCUUUAUUGAUAAAAAAUUGUAUAUCCAGACGAUACUUGAAUGCUGAAAAAAAGGUGAUCGCAUACUAGGAGACGACCACCCACAUAUUGCAGGAGUCGCAAGAGCUGCUUGACGAACUUGACAUAUUUUUUAAUACUGAAAAUCCGCGUGAUGCAAUGAUUCUCGUCGCGUCCGAUGUCUCAAGAUUUUCAGAAUUGGAAAGUACUGCGGCUCUUUGUCGUGCGGAUGUGUGCGAUCUCUUUAAAUGUAACGUGAUCUCAUAUUUUUUUCCCCUGGAUGCUUCAGUUACCUUAGACUUAAUUUCGAUUAAUUUGUACCUGAUUUUGAAACUAACUAUGUUUGAGACUUAAAAUUACGUUUUAAAACAGAUUUAUUUUGUUACGAUGUAGACACAUUAGGUAUAAUGUAUGUAGAUGUGUAUGAAACGAGCGAAUUUCAUUGUAUGUGAGACUUUUACUUGUACGUACUUUACUAAACCACCGCAAGCAGCUUGAGCAAGCGUGCAACUAAUUUUAAUACAUAAUUUAAUAUAAUGUUUUAUCAGUAAGUGAGUUAUUUGAAUACGAACAAGAUUAAGCCUCUGUUUAUUAUACUUAAUAUAAAGCAAGAUUAAAUAAAUAGAUUACAUUAAGCGGAAUUUUGCUGAGACAAAAAUUUUCACUCUCUUUCGCCUUAUUCGAGCAAAUCUUCUUUAUGUGUAUCUUGUUCGUGUGCAAGUAACCUUUGUAUUUAACGUAGUAAGUGCUUAAUCGAAGGUAGGAUAAUAAAUUCCUGUUGGAAGUUUUUGAAGUGUCAAAAUUUUUUCAAGAAACGACGUAGGUUCAAGUCGUAAGUUAGGUAAAAUUAUAGCUUAUCGUAGUUAUAAUCAAUUAUAAUUUUUUUGAAGGUGUAGUUUGAAAUGGAUGAUGAAAUAAAAAAUCUUUAAAAAUGAA